AGCUGCGUGGUUGGCAAAUGCUAUUAUUGGUGCUAAAAAUAAAAGUACAUCAGUUGGAGUUCAGAAUUGUCCCUUGCUCGCUCUCUUCGAAAAUCUAGGGUUUAUUGGUUGUGGCCGAAAACAUGCCUCGAUACGAUGACCGCCGCGGUGGUACGCGUCUUUACGUGGGUCACUUGUCUUCGAGAACGAGAUCCCGUGAUCUUGAGGACAUGUUUAGCAGAUACGGGAGGUUUCUUGGCUUUUGCCUAACCUGGAGGUCUUUGGUGAGAGGGUGACCUUGGUGGAUUUGGGCCAGUCUUUCUGUAGUGUUGUAGCAUGUUUUUUCGAAAUGGCAACAAACUCAAAGUGGUGUCUUUCUGAGGGGGCGAACUAUGAACCCUUCCAUAAUUGUGUGAUGAUGGCCUUACUGUUUGUGGCCCCAUUUACGCAGAGUACGAGAUGUGGAUAUGAAGCGCGACUAUGCAUUUGUUGAAUUCAGUGACCCUCGAGAUGCUGAUGAUGCAAGAUAUGCCCUGAAUGGUCGUGAACUUGAUGGAAGCCGGCUCAUUGUGGAGUUUGCUAAGGGAGUAAGUCAUUCUGAAAUUUUCCUCAUUACUUUUUGAUUUUUUAUUUUUCUAGUCUGGUUUUCUUGAUAUACUGUUAAAAAGUCAAUGAAUUUGACUUGUUAUGAUUCUUAAGCAAUUUACUGUCUGGCGACUCGUGGAUAGUUAUAAUAUAAUUUUUAAUGAUUUUUUGCAUUCCCAGUGUCCUUGGAUCAGUACUUUAAUGAUAGGAUUUGUUUUCCAAUUGCCAAUCCAAAUUUGUACAUUUGGAUUUGGUAUGCAUCAUCCCAUCAUCUGCUUUAUCUGUUUACAUUUUCUCGUUCUAAUUGUGGUUUAUAUUCCCCGUGGUCCUGGUGGAUCUCGUGAGUACCCUGGAAGAGGUCCUGCUCCUGGUACAGGACGCUGCUUCAACUGUGGAAUUGAUGGUCACUGGGCUCGAGAUUGCAAAGCUGGAGACUGGAAGAACAAGUGUUAUCGCUGUGGAGAACGAGGCCACGUAGAAAGAAGUUGUCAAAAUAGUCCAAAGAAGCUAAGUAGGCGAGGUCAUAGUUAUUCACGCUCGCCUUCUCCUCAUCAUGGUAGAAGUAGAAGCCGUAGUUACAGCAGGGGGCGUAGUUACAGCCGAUCCAGAUCACCUGUCAAAAGGGAACGGAGUCUUGAUCGGGUUGAAAGAAGAAGAUCAAGGAGCCCCCGAGAUAGUAGGAGUCCUAAGCAUAAGCGGAGUCUGACACCAGAUGAGAGAAGUCCUCGAGAGAGAGGUAGCUUAUCUCCUAGGGGUCGCAGGCAAGCGAAUGGCUCAGAUUACAGUGCAAGUCCCAGAGGAAAGAGCAGAAGCCCUAUUCAUGAUGCUGAUGGCCCUGAAGACAGGGAUUAUAGGAGCCCCGUGAGGGAAAAUGGUCACAGCCGCAGCCCUAGUCCACUUCCAAGGGAUGAGGACGAAUAAUCAUGCUUCUUCGUGAUGUCUUUAGAUCAACUUAAAAAGGCAGUUGCAAUUCCCCGAGUUAUCUUGAAUAUGCAUCGCUGUUGGAAUGCUCUGAUUUCUCUUUCUAUAAAUGUCCUAAAAUUUUAGGCUAGCGUUUUUCCUUUUUCUCUGGGUCAUUAAGUGAGGCAGCCUGACUGCCUGAGACGUGAAAUGUGUAUUGCUGUUGGAAUGCUCAAAUUUCCCUUUCAAUUAUAUGGUUACCUAGGCAUUCGACAAAUGAUAG